GUCAACAAACAAGGUCCCGUUAAAACCUAUGUGGGUGCGAUUGCAUUUGCAUCUUGCCAGGGAAAAUCCAGAUAAUGGAUCCUUUCUAGGACCGCGCCGUCGUCGUCGCUGUUACACAGGUAUUGAUGGUAGUAUAGGAGUAUAAUCGAUGGAUUAUUAGUUUCGUUUCGUGCGUGGUCCGGCUCAUUUCCACCGGAGAAAACCGGGCAAUCCUGCACUGGUGGUGAUGAGCCUCCGAGGCGGUGAACCUGUUCCUCGGUGCGCACAAAGCCUGUAGUCGGGCCGGAUUUCUACGAGCAUACCGUGUACACGAAUGAUGCUCAAACAUGACGGGGAAUCACUACAAGGGCCACGAGGUCAGCUGCUGCAUCAAAUAUUUCAUUUUUGGAUUCAACAUCCUGUUUUGGCUACUGGGGAUGGCCUUGGUUGCAAUUGGACUGUGGGCAUGGAGUGAAAAGGGGGUGCUAUCCAACAUCUCGUCCAUCACGGACCUGGGGGGUCUCGACCCGGUCUGGCUCUUCAUGGUGGUCGGGGGCGUGAUGUUUAUCCUGGGUUUCGCUGGGUGCAUCGGAGCACUGCGGGAAAACACCUUCCUGCUCAAGUUUUUCUCGGUGUUCCUGGGAAUCAUCUUCUUCCUGGAGCUGACUACGGGCGUGCUGGCCUUCGUGUUCAAGGACUGGAUCAAGGACCAGCUCAAUCUGUUCAUCAACAACAACAUCCGGGCGUAUCGGGACGACAUCGACCUGCAGAACCUCAUCGACUUCACCCAGGAAUACUGGGAUUGCUGCGGCGCCUUUGGUCCGGACGACUGGAACCUCAACAUCUACUUCAACUGCACCGACGCCAACCCCAGCCGCGAGAAGUGCGGCGUGCCCUUCUCCUGCUGCACUAAAGACCCAGCGGAGGACGUGAUAAAUACACAGUGUGGUUAUGACAUACGAGCCAAACCGGACGCCGAGCAGAAGGACUACAUCAACGUGAAGGGCUGCGUGCCGCAGUUUGAGAAGUGGCUGCAGGAUAACCUCACGCUGGUGGCGGGCAUCUUCAUCGGCGUGGCCCUGCUACAGAUUUUUGGCAUUUGUUUGGCACAGAACCUAGUGAGUGACAUUGAAGCUGUGCGGGCCAGUUGGGUGCCCCCUCACCCUAUCAUCACAUGCCGGCCCCCACCCCAUGCGGGCAAGAGCGCGAAGGCUUACUACCACGCAUGAGCGAGGGGGACACACACACACACGCGGGCAUGUGUGUUUUUUUGGCCGGUGGGUGACCAAAAGGAAAAAAUAACAGAAUUAUGCGUUUCCUGGUAGAUUACUUUGUGUGUUUGGUGUUGUGUCGUGGUGACCUAGCGGUGUGUCGUGCCGUGGUUUAGACGUCAGGUGUGUGUGGGUGUGUGUAGGCAGCACCUAGCUGUAGCGUUAGCGACGGUCAUUCAGAUAUGAAAAGGAAGGAAGGAAGGAAAAAAAGGCUUAUAGACGUAAUCUGCAGGCACUGAGGCUUCCUCGUGGACACAGCAAUAUUCGUUGGCGUUGUCUUAUAUAUAUAUAUAUAUAUAUAUAUAUACACACACCGGGCAGUGCACUACAUUUAAUUGUGUUUUGGAUUUGGCUCCAAUGAAUAAUCACCGGCCAGGGAAAUGUGUUUCAUGAAAGUGCCCAGCGCACCACAUAGACGAUUACCGUCUCAAGAUGGUCCACGUUUAUGAUGUAAUGUGUAAUGUCUUCAGACAACUUGCACCUUUAAAGGGUGCAUUCUCGGACUACUACUUAGCAGUCACGUUUCUUCUUGAAUAUUUAAUAUUUGUAGUAGUGCCUAUAGCCUGGGAACCAGACUUCUGCCAACUCGAUUUUUAUCUGAUGUCGGAGUCCUGUUCAGACAGAUUUCCUGCAAUCACAGCCCUUUAUCUCAAAUGGGCCGGGUUUGAUAGGAGGAGUGCCCUUGAGGCAAUUUUGUAAACAGCAAAGAUGGCUGCCGCAGAUGUGGUGCGGUCUGUUGAAUCCGCUAUCGCGACAGUAUUAAACGAGCCGGAUGGUAUUUUUGAUUUUUAAAGAAGGCCAAAGCACUGUGCCUGAAGCAUAAGUUAAAAAGAAAGAUGUGUUUGCCGUACUUUCGACAGGAUUUGGCAAAAAGUUUAAUUCGCCAACCGUCACUCAUCGCACACAUUUUUUUUUCAUGCACUUUCAAAAUGGUCGGGCAAUGUCAGGUUUCCGCAACAAUGGCCUGCUUUCUGGAGCAAUUGUUUUUCCAUGUUGAUGAACCAUCGUUCUGAUUGGCUGUUGUAUUGUAGGGUGGGGAAAAGACAGAAAUAAGCAAUCAGGGGGAUGACGACUAGAAAACAACCAAUCGAUUAGAAGACAACCAAUGAACUGAUCAUAAAUACCUGAUCUGACCCGACAGAGAACCUUUUACAACACUUUCCCUUCCAGUUUCUAGUUUGGUCAGUUUUUCCCACAAUGAGAAUGUCCCUUCUCGCUUUCAUUUCUCAUUCAUACAUUUUAAUUAGUCAACUGUGGUUUCCUGGUUCAUCGUUACCCAAUUUCUCUGACUUUCUCUCCAACUCUCUGGGUGUGGUAGUAAAUAUACAUGUUUUAAUUUGUUCUAAUAAUUAACCCUACCCUGGUGUUAGUUCCUUCUAGCUCUAUAGAGUGUUAGCUAUAAGUGUUAACUGCUUUUCUCUUCAUCAAUAAACCCGGUGGUUUCCUCCUCUUUCCCUCC